AUGAGUGAUGACUGGGGAGCAAUUGUAAAUGACCAAGAAAAGAAUCUUUUACAACAGGUUGUGGGAUUAAAAAUCGAGAGCAAGACAGCCGGAAAUGCCUCGCGCACUGUGAGUAAAGAGAGUCCAGGUGGCAGGGGAGAUUAUGUUGAGCCCAAGGUGGAGGCAAGUGCUGCGGGAGAGGACGAGGAACAGUCAGGUAAGACAGCUGGCAAUGCUUCACUGUUAAGAGUGGAGGCAAGUGCUGCGGGAGAGGGAGAGGAUCAGUCAGGUAAGACAGCUGGCAAUGCCUCAGGCUCUGUGAGUAGAGAGAGUCCAGGUGGCAGAAGGGAUUAUGUUGAACCCAAGGUGGAGGCAAGUGCUGCGGGAGAGGGCGAGGAUCAGUCAGGUAAGACAGCUGGCUAUUCCUCAGGCUCUGUGAGUAGAGAGAGUCCAGGUGGCAGAAGGGAUUAUGUUGAACCCAAGGUAGAGGCAAGUGCUGCGGGAGAGGGAGAGGAUCAGUCAGGUAAGACAGCUGGCAAUGCCUCAGGCUCUGUGAGUAGAGAGAGUCCAGGUGGCAGAAGGGAUUAUGUUGAACCCAAGGUGGAGGCAAGUGCUGCGGGAGAGGGCGAGGAUCAGUCAGGUAAGACAGCUGGCAAUUCCUCAGGCUCUGUGAGUAGAGAGAGUCCAGGUGGCAGAAGGGAUUAUGUUGAACCCAAGGUGGAGGCAAGUGCUGCGGGAGAGGGCGAGGAUCAGUCAGGUAAGACAGCUGGCAAUGCCUCAGGCUCUGUGAGUAGAGAGAGUCCAGGUGGCAGAAGGGAUUAUGUUGAACCCAAGGUAGAGGCAAGUGCUGCGGGAGAGGGCGAGGAUCAGUCAGGUAAGACAGCUGGCAAUGCCUCAGGCUCUGUGGAGGCAAGUGCUGCGGGAGAGGGGGAGGAUCAGUCAGGUAAGACAGCUGGCAAUGCCUCAGGCUCUGUGAGUAGAGAGAGUCCAGGUGGCAGAAGGGAUUAUGUUGAACCCAAGGUAGAGGCAAGUGCUGCGGGAGAGGGCGAGGAUCAGUCAGGUAAGACAGCUGGCAAUGCCUCAGGCUCUGUGAGUAGAGAGAGUCCAGGUGGCAGAAGGGAUUAUGUUGAACCCAAGGUGGAGGCAAGUGCUGCGGGAGAGGGCAAGGAUCAGUCAGGUAAGACAGCUGGCAAUGCCUCAGGCUCUGUGAGUAGAGAGAGUCCAGGUGGCAGAAGGGAUUAUGUUGAACCCAAGGUAGAGGCAAGUGCUGCGGGAGAGGGCGAGGAUCAGUCAGGUAAGACAGCUGGCAUUGCCUCAGGCUCUGUGAGUAGAGAGAGUCCAGGUGGCAGAAGGGAUUAUGUUGAACCCAAGGUGGAGGCAAGUGCUGCGGGAGAGGGCGAGGAUCAGUCAGGUAAGACAGCUGGCAAUGCCUCAGGCUCUGUGGAGGCAAGUGCUGCGGGAGAGGGCGAGGAUCAGUCAGGUAAGACAGCUGGCAAUGCCUCAGGCUCUGUGAGUAGAGAGAGUCCAGGUGGCAGAAGGGAUUAUGUUGAACCCAAGGUGGAGGCAAGUGCUGCGGGAGAGGGCGAGGAUCAGUCAGGUAAGACAGCUGGCAAUGCCUCAGGCUCUGUGAGUAGAGAGGGUCCAGGUGGCAGAAGGGAUUAUGUUGAACCCAAGGUGGAGGCAAGUGCUGCGGGAGAGGGCGAGGAUCAGUCAGGUAAGACAGCUGGCAAUGCCUCAGGCUCUGUGAGUAGAGAGAGUCCAGGUGGCAGAAGGGAUUAUGUUGAACCCAAGGUAGAGGCAAGUGCUGCGGGAGAGGGCGAGGAUCAGUCAGGUAAGACAGCUGGCAAUGCCUCAGGCUCUGUGAGUAGAGAGAGUCCAGGUGGCAGAAGGGAUUAUGUUGAACCCAAGGUGGAGGCAAGUGCUGCGGGAGAGGGCGAGGAUCAGUCAGGUAAGACAGCUGGCAAUGCCUCAGGCUCUGUGAGUAGAGAGAGUCCAGGUGGCAGAAGGGAUUAUGUUGAACCCAAGGUAGAGGCAAGUGCUGCGGGAGAGGGCGAGGAUCAGUCAGGUAAGACAGCUGGCAUUGCCUCAGGCUCUGUGAGUAGAGAGAGUCCAGGUGGCAGAAGGGAUUAUGUUGAACCCAAGGUGGAGGCAAGUGCUGCGGGAGAGGGCGAGGAUCAGUCAGGUAAGACAGCUGGCAAUGCCUCAGGCUCUGUGAGUAGAGAGAGUCCAGGUGGCAGAAGGGAUUAUGUUGAACCCAAGGUGGAGGCAAGUGCUGCGGGAGAGGGCGAGGAUCAGUCAGGUAAGACAGCUGGCAAUGCCUCAGGCUCUGUGAGUAGAGAGGGUCCAGGUGGCAGAAGGGAUUAUGUUGAACCCAAGGUGGAGGCAAGUGCUGCGGGAGAGGGCGAGGAUCAGUCAGGUAAGACAGCUGGCAAUGCCUCAGGCUCUGUGAGUAGACAGAGUCCAGGUGGCAGAAGGGAUUAUGUUGAACCCAAGGUAGAGGCAAGUGCUGCGGGAGAGGGAGAGGAUCAGUCAGGUAAGACAGCUGGCAAUGCCUCAGGCUCUGUGAGUAGAGAGAGUCCAGGUGGCAGAAGGGAUUAUGUUGAACCCAAGGUGGAGGCAAGUGCUGCGGGAGAGGGCGAGGAUCAGUCAGGUAAGACAGCUGGCAAUGCCUCAGGCUCUGUGAGUAGAGAGAGUCCAGGUGGCAGAAGGGAUUAUGUUGAACCCAAGGUAGAGGCAAGUGCUGCGGGAGAGGGCGAGGAUCAGUCAGGUAAGACAGCUGGCAUUGCCUCAGGCUCUGUGAGUAGAGAGAGUCCAGGUGGCAGAAGGGAUUAUGUUGAACCCAAGGUGGAGGCAAGUGCUGCGGGAGAGGGCGAGGAUCAGUCAGGUAAGACAGCUGGCAAUGCCUCAGGCUCUGUGAGUAGAGAGAGUCCAGGUGGCAGAAGGGAUUAUGUUGAACCCAAGGUGGAGGCAAGUGCUGCGGGAGAGGGCGAGGAUCAGUCAGGUAAGACAGCUGGCAAUGCCUCAGGCUCUGUGAGUAGACAGAGUCCAGGUGGCAGAAGGGAUUAUGUUGAACCCAAGGUGGAGGCAAGUGCUGCGGGAGAGGGCGAGGAUCAGUCAGGUAAGACAGCUGGCAAUGCCUCAGGCUCUGUGAGUAGACAGAGUCCAGGUGGCAGAAGGGAUUAUGUUGAACCCAAGGUGGAGGCAAGUGCUGCGGGAGAGGGAGAGGAUCAGUCAGGUAAGACAGCUGGCAAUGCCUCAGGCUCUGUGAGUAGAGAGAGUGCAGGUGGCAGAAGGGAUUAUAUUGAACCCAAGGUGGAGGCAAGUGCUGCGGGAGAGGGCGAGGAUCAGUCAGGUAAGACAGCUGGCAAUGCCUCAGGCUCUGUGAGUAGAGAGAGUCCAGGUGGCAGAAGGGAUUAUGUUGAACCCAAGGUGGAGGCAAGUGCUGCGGGAGAGGGCGAGGAUCAGUCAGGUAAGACAGCUGGCAAUGCCUCAGGCUCUGUGAGUAGAGAGAGUCCAGGUGGCAGAAGGGAUUAUGUUGAACCCAAGGUGGAGGCAAGUGCUGCGGGAGAGGGCGAGGAUCAGUCAGGUAAGACAGCUGGCAAUGCCUCAGGCUCUGUGAGUAGAGAGAGUCCAGGUGGCAGAAGGGAUUAUGUUGAACCCAAGGUGGAGGCAAGUGCUGCGGGAGAGGGCGAGGAUCAGUCAGGUAAGACAGCUGGCAAUGCCUCAGGCUCUGUGAGUAGAGAGAGUGCAGGUGGCAGAAGGGAUUAUGUUGAACCCAAGGUGGAGGCAAGUGCUGCGGGAGAGGGCGAGGAUCAGUCAGGUAAGACAGCUGGCAAUGCCUCAGGCUCUGUGAGUAGAGAGAGUCCAGGUGGCAGGGGAAAUUAUGUUGACCAAGGUGGAGGCAAGUGCUAG